AUGAGCCAGCAGGAUCUUUUGGGGCUUGCCAGCGAGGAAUCCCAUCGCGUGAUUCCCAUCUCAGCAUCGCAGUCUCUGCACGCGUCGGCCGGCGCGUCUGCCACUCCGGGCGCGAUUUCAACGGGGUUAUCGAGACUCGAUGAGGCGCUCUGUCCGCCUUCUGGAGAGGAUGUACCUGGGUCCACUACCUCCAGUCCGGGAAUUCUCUGCGGUCAGGUUACGGAGGUCUAUGGGCCACCCGGCGUGGGGAAGACGGCGUUGGCAUUGAGUACGGCAGUCAAUGCCCUACUAGAUAGACGGAAAGUGGUUUGGAUUGAUACCAUGUCACCUCUACCGAGACCCCGCCUCAGGAAGAUGCUCCGGAAGGCACUGGAAUCCAUUGAAGGCGACAGGUCAGAAGAAGACGCAAUCCAGAACCUGCACUACUUCCGUACUGCGUCCCUCCCACAUCUUCUCGCGUUAUUAUUCCGUCCACCGAAGUUAUUCCCCCCGGACGACACCUCACUCCUGGUAGUCGACUCAAUAUCCGGCCCAUUCCCCUCCUACUUCCCCAACCCAACAGAACUACGAGCGCGUCUCGCGCAAUCAGACAUCACAGACAAGACCAAGAUCCAAUGGCUCAUGAACCGGCGCUGGAACGUGACAAGCGACCUAGCCAAUCAAUUAAUGAAACUGGCCACCACACGUCGACUGGCGGUGCUUGCUAUUAACCAGACGCAUACCAAGAUCAAGGGACAGCCGCGUGCAACGCUCUGUCCUGUGUUGGCGGGCGGCGCGUGGGAGAAUUGUAUCGCUACGAGGGUUGUACUGUAUCGUGAUUUUUGCACAGUGGUGGAAGAGGAUUUGCCUAUUUUGGUUAAUGCGCGCUUUGCAGAGGUCAUGAAACGGUCAGGAAGGAUUUUGGCAUUGAGGUUGGAAGAGAAUAUUGUUCCGUUCGCUACUGAGUCGGACGGUCUCCGUGGGAUGGAAAAGAAGCAGCCCCCCAGUGUUACUCCGCAGGUAGCAGAACCACGCGAGCUUCUAUCCCAGCCAGCGAGUCAGCCGGCAAGUCAACCACCCAGUCAACCAGCCGGCCAGCUAGCGAGCCAAAGAAAGCGGAAAGUUGAUGAAAUUGCGGACAGUGAGGAUGACGAAGAUGACUCUGAUGGGGACUACGGAUGGGCCGAGGACGAUGAUGCCCUACUCCAGAAUCCAGAGAAGCAAUAUCUUUAG